UUGGGUUACCCAGCCAUGAUCCUCCUCGCUCUGCUCAUUCAUGGCUUGACGCUCGCCGCCGGCACCUAUCCAAUUGCCCUCACCUGCAACACCAGCAGGGGCAACUACACGGCAAUGAGCACCUACCAUACCAAUCUUGAGCUCCUUGCUGCUGCGCUCCCCAAGAACGCGUCAUUCACAUCAACCCUGUAUGCGAAGAGCUCAGUCGGUGCCGCCCCAGACACCGUCUAUGGUCUCACACACUGCCGCGGUGACACCACCAACACCUCCACAUGCAGUGAGUGUGCCACUGCCGCGUUCUGGAACGCCCAGGAGCUCUGCACGUUCAACAAGGACACAACCAUCUUUUAUGACAUUUGCAUCGUUCGCUUCGCUGAUUGGGACUUCAGUGGCGCUGCCAAUCAUGCCGUACUCUGGAGGAACCCACGUGACAUCGAGGAGCCCAUGUUGCCAGGUUGGGAUCCUGACAACUCUGAGAGUGUCAGCAUCAUCAUCAACAUGAUCAAGGUGCUGCUGCAAGGCACAGCCAAACAGGCGGCGUACAACUCGCCGAUGAGGUACGCCACCGGCCACAUGGAUGCCAGCAGCACUUUCCCGCCGCUCUAUUCUCUGGCGCAGUGCACGCCGGACUUACCACCCAGUGAGUGCUGGGCUUGUUUCCAGGAAAUCAACAACCAGGCAACAGAAUUUUUCAACGGGAUUCGAGGUGGACGGGUUCUUGCUGUGCCGUGUAAUCUCAGGUACGAGACAUCCAAGUUCUACCAGGGCAAUCCCAUGUGGCAAAUAAGCUUGCCAGCUGCUGCAGAUCCCAGCCAGAAACACAAGAGGCGUAAGAUCAAGGUUCUCAUAAUUGCCACAGUUGUUCCUCUGCUGGCAUCAACUAUAUGCUUCAUAUUUUGCUUUGGAUUGAUCAGAAGAAAAAUGAAAGGAAAAGUGAGCCUACAUGACAAGCCUAACAUAAAUUUGCAUGAAGAAGAACUAGUUUGGGGGUUAGAAGGAGCCAAUUCAGAGUUCACAUUUUUCGACUUCUCACAAGUAUCAGACGCUACAAGUGCCUUCUCAGAUGAAAAUAAAUUGGGGCAAGGUGGCUUUGGUCCCGUAUACAAGGGCCAGUUUCCUGAUGGGCGGGAGGUAGCUAUUAAAAGACUUGCUUCACAUUCAGGGCAAGGUUUCAUGGAGUUCAAAAAUGAAGUUCAACUUAUAGCCAAGCUCCAGCAUACAAAUCUGGUUAGGCUCUUGGGUUGUUGCUCGCAAGCAGAUGAGAAAAUACUGAUCUAUGAGUAUUUGCCAAAUAAAAGUUUGGACUUCUUUAUCUUUGAUGAAACAAGAGGAGCUUUACUAAAUUGGAAUAAACGCAUUGUGAUAAUUGAGGGGAUAGCACAAGGACUUCUAUAUUUGCAUAGGCACUCUCGGUUACGGGUCAUACAUAGAGAUCUUAAAGCAAGUAAUAUUCUUUUGGACAAUGAAAUGAACCCUAAAAUUUCAGAUUUUGGGCUUGCAAAAAUAUUUAGCUCAAAUGACACUGGAGGGAACACAAAGAAGAUUGCUGGGACAUAUGGUUAUAUGGCCCCUGAGUACGCUUCCGAGGGCAUCUUCUCAGUCAAAUCUGAUGUAUUCAGCUAUGGUGUGCUAAUGCUUGAGAUCAUCAAUGGAAAAAGAAACUCAUGUUUCCAUCAGUUUGGAGACUUCUUCAACCUUCUUGGAUAUGCAUGGAAGUUAUGGAAAGAGGAGAGGUGGCUUGAAUUUGUCGAUGCAGCAAUAGUUCCAGAGCUUCAUGCAUCUGAGGCAAUGAGGUGUAUUAACAUUGCAUUGCUGUGUGUGCAAGAGAAUGCAGCUGACAGACCUACCACGUCAAGUGUGGUUGCAAUGCUAAGCAGCGAGAGCGUGACCUUACCGGAACCUAAUCAUCCAGCAUAUUUUCACGUAAGGGUAACAAAUGAAGAGCCGUCUAGUGGCAAUGAUGUGACUGUGUCUGUUCUAGAUGGUAGAUAGUUUGUAUUAUCUGGAUUAUCUUUUCUGUACUACUAUUUUUUAAGGGAUC